CUGCAGCCCCUCCUGUCGUUGAUACCAUGACUCCUGAAGAGAUCAAAGCCUGGGAAGAGGAAGCGCUGGAUGAGCCGAUCGACAUCGAUCAGAUCCGUGUUGACCCCUCACCUUUUCAGCUGGUGGAGAGAACAUCUUUGCAUAAGACUCACACUUUGUUCUCAUUGCUGGGUCUCAGUCAUGCUUAUGUAACCAGUAUUGGUAAACUGGUUGGGGUGGUUGCACUAAAAGAGCUCCAGAAAGCGAUCGAGGGUUCGACCCGAAGCGGAGUGCGACUGCGUCCCCCUCUGGCCAGUUUCAGAGACGCAAGGCGCAAGGCCCGAAAACCUUCCCAUUCCCCCUCCAUCCCGUCCUCUCCCACACGAGACAAAGAGUUAUGGAGGGAGGGAGUGAUACAAGAAACUAAAGAUGAGUCUGUUGGCAGUUGUGUCCACGCAUCUGGGACAGAGUGUAAUAUAACCAUAGGCAACGGCAGCGGAAGUUCCACAGACACAUCUCAGGAGGAACUGCCGUCACCUUCAUCCACCAUCCCUCUCGCUUCUCUUCAUUCUGCGCCUGAAGGAAAAGCGAAUGGCGAUAGAGAGAGCGACGAGGACAGGUUAUAGUCUGUUGUUUUAAUUUUCCUCUAAUUCAGCCUUCCAGGGAGAGAUAAACCUUAGUAUGUGUCGCCUUUGAGCCCAGCAUGGGCCGCAGUGGCGAAUGAGAGCUGCACCAUGAGACACCACCGUGUUGUGUGUGUGUUUUUGAAAGGGAUUAUCUGCUCUCCAGACUGAACUCUCUUCUCUAUGAUCUUCUUAUUUAGUUACCUGCUAUACUAUACAUUUGUACAUAUGAACUGAGACAUCUCACUGAAUGUCAUCUCUACGGCACCUCACGUUUGCUAGUUUUUACGAUCAUAUCACUAUUUGGAAAGUGAAAUUGCUAGAUGUUUUUACCUUAAAGGGAUAGUUCACCUAAAAAUAAACAUUCUGUCAUCAUUUACUCACCCUCGUGUUUUUAUCUUACAGUAGGUCCAAACCUAUAGGAGAUUUACAUUUAGGUAUUGGCAGACUUUAGACAAAAGUUACUGUACAGUGCAUUACAAGGCAUACAUUAAGUAUGUGUGUUCCCUGGGUUUGAACACAUGACCUUUUGCGAUGCUAACGCAAUGGUCUAUUACUACAGGAGCAUUUCUGUAAAAAGGUAGAAUCUUUAUUUAUUUCAAAUCACAGUGAUAAAGUUCAUAGUGACCAGAAAAUAUCAAAGGCACGAUGAUAAUAUGUAUUCCAUAUUUUCCAAACCAAGCAUUUGCCUUGUGUAAGAAACAGACUGGGAUCAUAUUGUCUUAUUGGGAUUAUUUGGCUAUAUAGUCAUUGUGUGUUUUUUUCUUUCCACAAUUUUAAAGCUUGAUGCCUCUGGUAACUUUUAAAGGAAAAAAUAGGUCAUCGAAAUUUGUCUCCCCCUGUGAUGUCAGAAUGGGAUAAUAUCACCCCUUAAUCUGCACUAUCCAACCAUGCACGACACUUCCAUUAAAUGCAAAGAGAGAAAGAAAAUAAUUGACAGCACAGUUGAGUUUUAAUUUCAACAAACCGGCAUUAUGGCAAUCAGUGUUUGCAUUUCAUCAGCUCAUUUGCAUUUUAAAGGGAUGGUUCGGCCAAAAAUGAUAUUAAACCCAUGAUUUACU